GCAAUUCAAUUGACUUAAUGGCCCGGUUGGGACGUCGUUACUUGUUUAAACCACAAGUCGAGGCUAGUGCUUGAAAUUAGGCUUUUAAAACGAGGCUGGACACGUGUGAUGAUGGAGCCCCUUCUACCUGCACGGAUCAACAUGACUGCGGAGCGAGAGCCGGAGGACAGCGAUGCUAAGAGGAAGAUCCAGUUCUCGGUGCCUUCGGCGGUGCCCCUCCAGCUGGACCCGCGACAAGUGGAACUGAUUCGACGUCGAAGGCCAACGCCUGCCACCCUCUUCCGACUGACGGACCCGCUAUCGCCGGAAGACGACCCCGGGUCUCACCAGUGUCUCGGAGGAGAAAACGGAGUCCUGAAAUCCAAAACGUCUGACAAAACGCCAAGCACCUACGAGCCACCUUCCCUCAAAGCCAUGCAGAGGCUGGCCCUAGUGCACCUGUCUUCCACGAGCUCCGUGGACCGGGACGACACGCCUUCUGGAGAUGAAAAUGACGGGGGCACGCUGUCGGAUUCGGACGCUAGCGUGCAAAACAAAGCGCGGCGGGAUCGGUCACCUUCGCCGGAUGCGUCACGAGCCACGGAGGAGGCCGACGAGUGAGAUGGCAUGAGAUUAGAAAGACGUGGACAGGAGUUUGUGUGCACGCAUGCUUGGAGAUGGCAUGUAAAGACAGUGUGUGGAAGAACAUCUCUGUCGACGCCACAAGAUGGUGCUAAAGAGAAUGGAAGCAUUUGAAUGGACAUUUGUAUGGGGCUUUUCACGUGUGUCCUGCACACUAGCAUUCGAUAUAUUUAUGCUUGGUUGCAAAUAAAAGCUCCAGAAUGAC